AAAUUAGUUGUUCAUCCCGCGAGCUUUGAUGAGAUCUCGUUGUUUGUUUACAACCUGGGAACUUCCUGCCUGCGAGUAGCUAGUUUUAUUUUUUUGUCUGUUUGAGCUAACUGGUUACAAUUCGACUUUCAAGAUGGGUUGUGAUGGUGGCACGAUUCCCAAAAGACACGAGUUGGUGAAAGGGCCCAAAAAAGUCGAGAAGGUUGAUAAAAAUGCUGAACUGGCUGCAAAGUGGAAGUACUGCGCCUUAAGCCAGGAGAAACUUAGACGGCCCAUUGUCGCCUGUGAGCUGGGAAGGCUGUAUAACAAAGAUGCUAUCAUUGAAUAUCUCUUGGAUAAGUCCGCUGAGAGACCCAAUGCUGAGGCUGUAGCACACAUCCGUGGUACCAGGGAUAUAAAGGAGCUGAAUUUGACUGAUAAUCCUGAAUGGGAAGGAGAGAGAAGAAAUGCAAAAGGAGACAGAUAUGAGGACAUCCAUUGUGGCAUGUUCAUUUGCCCUGUAGUUGGGUUGGAGAUGAAUGGCAAACAUCGGUUCUGUUACCUGCAGACUUGUGGCUGUGUCUUUUCUGACAGGGCCCUAAAGGAGGUCAAGACAGAAAUCUGCCACAAGUGUGGAGAUCCAUUUAAAGAUGAAGAUAUCAUUGCGCUCAAUGGCACAAAGGAGGAGGUGGACAAGCUGAGGGAAAAGAUGGAAGAGAAGCGGGCCAAAGCCAAAACUAAGAAAUCAAAGAAGAGCAAAGCAGCUGAAGCUAUGUUACCAUCAGAAUCAAAAGAUGGCACAGAGUCUCCAUCCAGUGAUGCAGCAGGAACUCACUCACUACAAAAUGGUGGUGAUAGCAGCCAGUCAAGUGUGGCUGGACCCUCUGGAUCCUCCAGCUCAUCUAAAGGCACCAAGUCUUCAUCAGCUGCUGCCACAAAGAGAUCCAUACAGGACAUGGAAGAAAAGUCAGAGGCUUUUAAAUCCUUGUUCACCACCCACAGUUCUGCCAAGCGCACCAAAGAACAGACAUCCAACUGGGUCACCCACACCCCGUAUCACUUCUAAUAACUACUGCUCAGAGCAUAGAUCACAAUUUCUAGAUCGAUGCAGGAUGUUAACCUAUUAAAAUAAAUCUUGCUGUGCAUACCAAGCAUACACACACUUGGCCUACAUGACCUCUGAUAUUGACAGUGGUGUGUGGACUAAUUCCCAGCUUAUCUCUUCAGUCCCCAGUAGCUCAGUGUUUACAUGUUGUGAACAUUUAGUUACAGGUCCCUAAGUGGUUCUCACUCUGUUCUGUAACUUAAUUCCUCCCCCAUGGAUUCCCCCACAGCAUCUUUGGUUUUAGUCGCAGGCGCUUGGAGAAUUAAUACUAGGAUGACACGGUGUCACUCUGCUUCCCCCUAAUGGACAGAAUACAGCUUUUCAAUGUGCUUGGUAGUCAUUUAUUUUUGGCAUAUAUUUUUAACAGGUUUAGCAGAUGACUUUCAGUCAUUUUUGUUCUUUUCAUUGUUUUUUUCCUUAAUUUACCUUGAAAUGGGUAAACAGUUAGCAAACAAAUAAGUUUAAAGUAUUGGGUGCAUUUGACUGCCGCCCACAACCAGAGACCAACAGAUUUGAUGUGACAGGGGAAAGUAUACCGAGUUACCCAAGUUUUGUUUUUUAUGUGUUUGUGUCCGGGCUUUUGUGGAAGACCUUUUAAAAUGAAAAGUUACAUUGUAUUUACAAUGUCUCCAGCUUGAUUCAUGAUUCAUACUGAUGUUGAGGAUGCUCUUUGUUUAGUCAGUACAUUUACAAAGGAAUCUUUUUUUUUUUUUCUUUUCUUUUUUGUAUCAAGCAAUUCCACAAUAAAUUUCUGUUCAAGCACA